GGAAUUUAAUAGUAAAACGGAAGAAGAUAAAUGGAGGCAUGUGUACACUGUACUUUUCCCCGCUGAUGAUCCUGUAGAUCUACCCUCGCCCUACUACGGGAACUAUCUCGAGACGAGUUCCGUCGAGAGUUCUCCUGAACUUAGACCGACAGCGAAGAGCUAUGAUGAAUUCCUACAGAAGGAACUCUUCCGGAGAAUCUACCGAGUUCUGGAGAAUAAAAUCGACGAAGCAUUAGACUCGGCAGAGAUGAAUGUCGCCGACGCGCUGAAAAGUCAACUAGAAAGAAUCAUUCGUGAUGUCCAGACUGAGCUGCAUGAGGAAUUUCAGUCGUCUAUUAGGCAGAAACAGGCCUUUGACGGAACUAACGGGAUUGCUGCGAAAAUGCCGAUUCCUGGAAUAGACCCGAUGCCAUUGUUACAGGAUAUGUUCCCCUUAAGCUCCUUCUCCCCACCUUGGUCAGCCCUCAGCCUAGAACAUCAACAAGAAGCCUCAAGCUCGUCGGCCCCUCAGCUUGCUAAUGGAUUGGAGGACAUAUCAAACCUUAGGUUUGACCUUUUAUCUAACCCCGUCGAGACCAGCCAGAACCACGACUUCGGCACGGUAACUUCAGUACCGUUUACGGCGAAGGCCACCUACGAUUAUAUAUCGGAUCACGCGGAGGAUCUCUCAUUCAGACGUGGUCAGAUAAUAACAGUUACUGGUGAAGAAGAGAUAGACUGGUAUAAUGGCGAGUAUGUCGAUGACUUUGGCGUAAAGAAAGAGAGCAUAUUUCCUCGGAACCUCGUGGAGAGGUACUCUCCUCCUGUACCACCGCGGCCAAUGAGGGGUCAUCAGGGGAACGCGGGGUCUGUUGCGACUACAUUUCCCUCUUCAUUCCCGCCCUAUUACACAGCUUGAACUUUCUUGAAACCUGGAGACUAUAGUUAUGAGCUAUGGAACCACGCGGGACGGUUUAAUUACUAGAUUGUCCCUGUUGGUGGUACAGAACCUGUCUCAACAUUGCGUUAACACAGGUAUAUUCCGGAGAAAUAUAAAGAGUAAAGGGACCUGUUCUAGGUGGAUAGUAAGAGAGGCAAAUCUUCUAAGAAUCCCGGAGUUAACAAGCUCAUCAUCGUCACUGCACUUAUCUAGGUCAAUUACACGCGAUCUUCGAUAUACCG